AUGCGGCUAUCUCCAAGGGCAUUCGUUGCCGAAUACUACACGUUCAUCUCCUCGGAACAACAGCCCCAGUGCUCCGAAGAUAGAUCUGCAGAGCUCAGAACAUCCGACAAGAAAGGAGGGGGACUGUCAACGCGAACCAAAGUCAAACCCCAUUCCCGUGAUGGUCACACCUACAAAUCACCCGUCGAUGAUAGCGACUCGAUGACUCGCUUGAAGGCCAGCCUUUACGCAAACGACCCAAGCGACGCGGGACUGGAGGUACUGCAUCUUUGGUCAAGUUCCCCACGCUUGGAAUGGAGAGCCCGCAGAACCGUCGGCAGAGCCUUUCAAAGCAGGGCCGGUCACUGCUUCCAAAUGCGGGAAGCGUGCGAGGCGGUUCGCGGACGCAAAGCUUUCCAGCCUGAUUCAAACGAUCAAGAGUCGAGUGCCGAUCCGAUCCGGCACGAGCACCUCGGCGCAGAGUGGCAACCAAAGCCCAAGCGGGAGUGCCAAUCCUUCAAGCCGACUCACGAGCUCAAGCGAUUGUUUUCUCCUGCAGCAAACCAGGCUGAUUCUCAACCAGGCACCUCGGCCUCUCUGACCAACUUCCAGUCCCAGUUGACUGACGAUGAGCAGAAAGAGCGCCACCUCAGCGCAGAGUGGCAACCAAAGCCCAAGCAGGAGUGUCAAUCCUUCAAGCCGACUCACGAGCUCAAGCGAUUGUUUUCUCCUGCAGCAAACCAGGCUGAUUCUCAACCAGGCACCUCGGCCUCUCUGACCAACUCCCAGUCCCAGUUGACUGACGAUGAGCAGAAAGAGCUUGAGAGACAUAUUGCACUUGGUGACAAACCUGGAGAGGUUGUGGACGAAAAUGGAGAUCGUGUCAACACAGAUAACCUGGAACCUGCGCCUGCGAUGGCUGCGGCUCACGUCGACCGAAGCGCUCACAAUGAAAUAGGCCAGCGUGAAUCAUCCAGCAAGGAGGGGACUGCUUCAAGUUCGGGAACCGCCAGGUCGUGGAAAUCGUGGCAAAGGUUCCUACGGUUUUAA